UGAAGGGUCCUACCUAUAUACGUUUGUGGUAAAGUGAAUUUGUGUGCUGUUUAAAAAUAGAAUAAAUAGCAUUACAUCACCGCUAAUGGUUUAAUCAGUUCAUAUUCUUAGACGAACGGUUCAUAAUUCAAAGAGAAGUAAUUCUGUAUGGAAAAUGUGGAGACUAAAAGCAGUCCGACACAGGGCAAGCCGCUCUGCCAAGGAUUUAGAAGAGUUUAAGCACAAGAGGCGAGAACACGAAAAAGCCCUGAGACAAGCGAGGAGGGACAGACAACUUAUUAGCAAGAGGGUUUUGUUAAACGAAGAUGAGGAGCAAGAGAAAGACGUUAUGGAAACAGAUGGUGCUCCUGUUUCUCCAGACCAGAUUCGUGAGAUGAUACGCAGUGUACAAUAUGGUGGAGAGGAGAGAGAUACUCAUCUGGCUAUGCUUAGGAAGACCCUGAGAGACCCUCAGACUCAUCUUAUCUUCACUAAGGUGGAAAACAGCAUGUAUGUGCUGGUUGGACAGCUGAGUGGUCACAAUGCCCAGUGUCAGCUGCAAGCAGCACAUUGUCUACAAGAGCUCUCCCAGUCUCCCCACCUUGGUGUGGGGCAGGCCUGUUUAGCUGCCACGCCUUACCUCCUCACAUACCUCUCCAGCCCAAGCACCAAGCUUACGGAGCUUUGCCUGUACAUAUUAGGGAAUCUGUGGCCUGAUGGUGCCUUAGUGAGAGAGAAGCUGCUAGCCCAAGGUAUAGUGACUGCCCUGGCCAACUGCAUUCAGAAUCAGAGAUUUAACUUGGCAGUGGUGGAGGCAGUGGGCUUUACCUUGUCACAGCUUCUCCAGGAGAAAGACGUGGCUGACAAAGUUAUUCCGUUGGUAAUGGCCUCUGGUUUGGUCCCACACCUGAUUUCAUUUUUGACUCCAGAUCCUGAAUUUGGUUUGGGACCAGCAAUUGAAUGUGCCUGGUGUUUGCAUUAUUUAAUGUCAUGUGAUGUUGAUACCUCUGCCUUGCUAAAUCAUGGAGUCAUCUCACAUUGCAGUAACCUUUUGAUUACACUGGGUGGAGCCACUGCUAAAGGAAGCGCUGAGGAAGGCCUAGAACUGCUGAUCUGGCCCCUGCUGCGUUGCCUGGGAAAUCUGCUGGCCACUGAGGUGUAUGAGGGUGCUGGGUGCCCAGUGGGUGUAGAGGAUGCCCGUCUCUUAGUUGCCCUGUGUGUCUUCAGUCAGGCUUACCUUUCCUCCCACUCUGCUCUGACCCGGGAGAGCUUGUGGGUCCUCAACAACCUCACAGCUGAUUCGCCUGUGUUUUGCUCAGCCAUGCUGUUCUUCAACCUUGUGCCACAUUUGCUCCAGCUUUUACCUUUCUCCAAGGGAAUCAAUUCAAUGGUGCUGAGAAUCCUGGGUAACAUUGCCUGUAAAGGGGCGGAAUACUGUGUUCAGCUGACGUAUGCGGGUUUGCUCCCUGCCCUUUCUGCUACACUUAGAAUGGCUGAUCCGGAUGUGGUGACCCUAAGCUUGGAGGUGCUGCACUUACUGAGCACUUGCAGCCCACAGAUCUGAAUCUGAUCAAGCAUCUUUGGGAUGUGCUGGAAAAAGUCUGAUUUGUAGAGGGCCCACCUCAUAACAUACAGAACUUCAAGGAUCUGCUGCUAUUAUAUUGAUGCCGGAUACUACAGUACACAUUCAUAGGACUUGUGAAGCCCAUAACUUGAUGGUUCAGAGCUGUUUUGGUGGUACAAUGGGGGGCCUACACAAUAAUUAGGCAGGUGGAUUUAAUAUUAUGGUUGAUCUGUGUAUGUCCUUAAGUCUGCCUAACACCUUUUUCUCAUUCCUGCAGGUAGCUGAAGAGUUUGGUAGACUGAAUAUUGUUCCUCUACUGGAGGCAAUUAAAUAUUAUAAUGAAAAAGAGCAAUGUGUAAGGGCAUCCUAUA